AUGGCGAUGACGAUAAUGAUGAUGACGAUAAUAAUAAUGUUGAUGAUCGCACUGAUGUUUCAAAUGAUAGGUGGUGGUGGUGGUGAUAGUAUGGUAAUUAUAGUGGUGAUAGUACUAGUGGCGGUGGUGGUGAUGAUAGUAGUGAUGAUGAUGACGAUGACAGUAAGGAUGAUAGAAGGAAGAGGAAGAGGAAGAGGAGAAGGAGGUGGAAGAGAGGGAAGGUGA